AAACGCGACAAUUCUACCGAUACAGUAACAGCAACCGUGGACGCUCAAAACAAGGACGCAUUUGAAGAACUCUUCAUUAUCAACAGAGCGCGAUACUUCCGACAUUAUUUUGCGCACGAAAAACUCUCCAGAGGAGUAAGCGACAGAUUUAUCACAUUCCUGCAGACAGUCUAUUCGUUAAAGCCAGUUUUCGCUCAAUCUGCAGCGGACGCGUUUGAGGAAUUCGUACAAGAAAGAACCAGAGAAAAUCUCAUUAAAUUCCUCCGGCAAAUCGCCUUUAGAGUUCUACCCUACGCUGAUAUUGGAAGUUACCCUCCGGAUUUAUUACUUCAAGAUUAUUCUGACGAAGUUGCAAGAUACAUUCAAGAAUUACCUAAUAAGGCAAGCUCUUCUAACAACCAAUCACGAUCAAGCCCGGAAACAAAAGCUGCCUCAAGUACU